AUGGCGACGGCACCGCCCCCAGAUACCCUAUCGAAGCUGACGAACGACCUCAAGUCAAAAAAUGAGGAGGUCAGGUCACUGUCGGCACAGGCCUUGAAGGAAUAUGUCGCUGUCAUGUCGAGGGAGCUAUCGGGGCAGGACCUGACUAGAUUUUACGGCGAGGUCAAUAGUAUCAUCUGGACACUUGUACAGAGCGUUGACAAUAAUGACAAACUAUGCGGUGUCAUGAUUAUUGACAAGUUGAUUGGGAUUGAAGGCGAGGAAAACACGACGCAGGAAACCCGGUUCGCAAAUUACUUGCGACAGCUGUUCCCUGCAGACGUAAAGACUAUGACAGUCGCUGCAAGAGCAUUAGGAAAAUUGGCGCAACAGGGAGGAACAUUCACCACAGAGUUUGUCGAGUUUGAGCUGAAAAGGGCAAUCGAAUGGCUCACAGGAGAUCGGCAGGAAGCACGACGCCAUGCUAGUGUGUUAGUUCUUGCUGAGCUCGUCCGCCAUGCAGAUGUCAUUGUUUAUCAAUAUGUUCCUUCCAUAUUGGAUCAUAUCUGGGUCGCAUUCAGGGAUCCAAAUCAAAACAUCCGGAUUGCAGCCGCAGAUGCUCUAAGCGCUGUCCUGCUUAUCGUCUCAGACCGCAACAGUACAAAAAAAACCGAUUGGUACAACAGGAUUAACGAGGAAGCACAGCGUGGCCUACGGAUUGCCUCGACCGAAAGUAUUCAUGGUUCACUCUUGAUUUACCGUGAGCUACUGCUCCAUGCUGGAAUGUUUAUGCAUGAGCGAUACAAAAGCACCUGUGAGACUGUAUUCCAGUACAGGGAUCACCGAGAUGGUCUUGUUCGCCGAGCGGUAAUCUCGCUAAUCCCCGAUCUGGCAUCGUAUAACCCUACAGAAUUCGCGAGCGUCUAUCUGCAUCGGUCCAUGAUUCAUAUCCUCAGCCAGCUUCGCAAGGACAAGGAGCGCUCAAUAAUGAAGGAAAAGGAUCGGUCGAAUGCUUUCAUCGCCAUCGGAAAGGUUGCGCUCGUAGCUGGAGCGGACAUGGGGGAGUUUCUUGACGAUAUCCUCAUCUGCAUAAAGGAUGGACUCAGGCUAAAGAGCAAAAACCGCAUCCAAACAGAUACGCCAAUAUUCAGUUGCAUUAGUAUGCUGGCUAACGCGGUUGGGUUAGCGCUCACAAAACACGUCCAGGCGCACGAACUGCUGGAGCUGAUGUUUGCUACGGGGCUGAGUGAACCACUGCGUCAGUCGCUGGCCGACCUUUCGAACUGUAUACCCCCAUUGCUACCCGUCAUCCAAGACCGCCUUCUCAACAUGCUCUCUGUGAUUCUUGGCGGACAACCGUAUAAGCCUCUCGGAGCUCCAAGCUCGGCACGGACAGGGCUGUCGAACUCACCUGUCCGGCGCGAUAUUCAAUCCGCAGAACCGAAGGAUGUGGAACUGAUCAUCCUUGCGCUCACGACACUGGGAUCCUUUAACUUCUCUGGACAUCCCCUGAACGAGUUUGUGCGUGAUUGUUGCAUCCCAUAUCUGGAGGAUGACAACCCGGACAUCAGAAGAUCGGCUGCUCAAACUUGCUGCCAGUUAUUUGUUCGGGACCCUAUUUGUUUUCAAAUCAGUACUCACGCUGUCCAGGUUGUGGGCGAAGUUCUGGAAAAGCUGCUCACUGUGGGCAUUGCAGAUCCAGAUCCUGUUAUCCGGCAGACUGUCAUGGCGUCCCUGGAUGAGAGAUUCGAUCGCCAUCUUGCUCAAGCAGAGAACGUCCGCUCGCUGUUUAUUGCCUUGAACGACGAGGUCUUUACGAUCCGUGAGUACGCUAUCACGACAAUCGGUCGACUCUCAGCGCACAACCCCGCCUAUGUCAUGCCAUCGCUGCGAAAGACGCUAAUUCAACUCCUGACGGAAAUUGAGUACUCGGGUGUGAGUCGUAAUAAGGAGGAGAGUGCGCGACUGUUGGCAUUGCUGGUGAUUGCGUCGCAGCGUCUUGUAAAACCGUAUGUCGAGUCCAUCAUCAAAGUUUUGCUGCCCAAGGCCAAGGACCAAAGCGCAGGAGUUGUCUCAAGCAUCUUGGCGGCACUCGGAGAGCUCGCUCGAGUUGGUGGUGAAGACCUUCUUCCUUUCAUGGAUCAGCUCAUGCCAUUGAUCAUUGAUACACUCCAAGACCAGAGCUCCUUAACAAAGAGAAGUGCUGCACUGAAGACACUCGGGCAGUUGGCAAGUAACACGGGAUAUGUGAUCGACCCGUAUAUCAAGUAUCCGGGACUUUUGGACACCCUGAUGACAAUUUUGAAGACAGAACAGUCUGCCAACAUUCGGAAGGAGACCAUCAAGCUGCUGGGUAUCCUCGGAGCCCUCGACCCUUACCGUCACAAGCAAAUGAUCAUCGAAUCUGUGGACGAUAACCAAGCAGAUAAAUCGCAGAGCUCAGAUGUAUCGCUUCUAAUGGCGGGACUUGGACCUUCGUCAGAGGACUACUACCCCACAGUUGUGAUCAAUGCGCUACUGAAGAUUUUGAAGGAUCCAUCUCUGAGCCAGCAGUACCAACCUGCCACUCAAGCCAUUUUAAACAUCUUCCAGGCGUUACAGCUGAAGAUGGUUCCCUUCUUGCCGCAGAUUAUGCCAGUGUACCUAAGCAUUAUGCAGUCCGGCACUCUUCUCAACCUCGACUUUUACUUUGAGAAGAUGGGGUUCCUUGUCUUGAUUGUCAAGCUUCACAUCCGCCCGUACCUUCCGGAUUUGCUGCAGCUCGUUAGAGACAACUGGAGCCACACAAGAUUGCAGGAGCGCAUUAUUGGACUGGUGGAGAGCAUUGCCGUUGCCCUCGAUGGAGAAUUCAAGGCAUACCUGCCGAACCUUCUGCAAUCCUUCCUCGCCGUGUUUGACAACGACAUGACAGAAAGACAUGAUGCAUCCCUUCGUGUGCUGCAGGCGUUUGUCAAGUUCGGGUCCAAUAUUGAGGAGUACAUGCAUCUUGUCAUCCCCGUCCUUGUCAAGACGUUUGAAAAGCCAGAUUCGCCCAUGCAUCUGCGUAGAGCUGCCAUCAACACGAUCGGCACAUUGGCAAAGAGAGUCAACUUUUCUGAUUAUGCGUCCAGGAUCAUACAUCCAUUCGCUCGUAUCCUUGCCUUGCCCGGACCUGAACUGAGGAUGCCUACUAUGGAUGCGCUGUGCUCCUUAGUUCUGCAACUUGGACAAGACUACGUGAACUUUAUUCCAAUGAUCAAGAAGGUUUUGAUCCGCGCGAGAAUUAGCCAUGCAACGUACGAUAACUUGGUGUCGAAGCUUUUGAAACGCGAACCGCUGCCCUCGGACUUACCUGGAUUGGGUGACGAUCGAUAUGUGGUCAUGGCAGAUGUGCCUCAGGCUGAAUCCGGAAUCCGCAAGCUCCCUGUCAACCAGGCCUCACUGCGCAGAGCAUGGGACACCCAACCCCGUUCAACCAAGGACGACUGGGCAGACUGGAUCCGACGACUUUGCUUGGAGAUGCUCAAGGAAACACCUUCACAUGCACUCAGAGCGUGCGCGGACAUGGCAAUUUCGUACCACCCCUUGGCCAGAGAGCUUUUUAAUGCUGCGUUCGUUUCGUGCUGGAGUGAGCUAUUGGACCAAUAUCAGGAGGAAUUGGCGAGAGCUUUGGUAACAGCAUUGACUGCGUCCAACAUUUCGCCUGAAAUUAUUCAGAUUCUUCUCAACCUCGCCGAGUUCAUGGAACAUGACGACAAACCACUUCCGAUCGACAUUCGGACUUUGGGCGAAUAUGCUGCCAAGAGCCAUGCGUUCGCUAAAGCGUUGCACUACAAGGAGCUCGAAUUCUUGACUGAACCCUCAACGAAUGCGAUUGAGGAUCUGAUUGGAAUCAACAAUAAUCUUCAGCAACCUGACGCCGCUGCGGGCAUUCUCACACAUGCUCAGCUGCACCAUGACUUUGAGCUCAAGGAGGCGUGGUAUGAACGACUCCAGCGGUGGGAGGAUGCGCUUGCAGCGUAUGAGCGGAAACAGCAGGAGAAUCCAGAUGAUCUUACACUGACGGUCCAGCGCAUGCGAUGCCUGCAUGCACUCGGAGAAUGGGAUGCUCUUUCGUCUCUAGCUCAGACCAAGUGGGGUAGCUCGCCAACUAAGGUGCGUCAAAGGAUGGCGUCCUUUGCUGCUGCGGCUGCAUGGGGAUUGGGCCAGUGGGAACUCUUGGACGAAUACAUCUCCGCGAUGCAGGAUAACUCGGAUAGGGCCUUUUUCAAGGCCAUUUUGGCGCUUCACCGCAACCAAUUUCCAGAGGCGGAGAAAUACAUCGACAAGACCCGCAACAUGUUGGAUACAGAGCUGACCGCGCUUGUGGGCGAGAGCUACAACCGAGCGUACGCAACCGUGGUUCGUGUUCAAAUGAUGGCUGAACUGGAGGAGAUUAUCACCUACAAGCAGUACCACGACCAGCCCGAUCGACAGGCGACUAUCCGCCGCACAUGGAUGAAGCGACUGAAAGGAUGCCAGAGAAACGUAGAGGUUUGGCAGAAGUUGAUCAAAGUCCAUGCAAUUGUGAUUUCGCCAGCUCAGGACAUGGAAAUGCGAAUCAAGUUUAUGAACCUGUGCCGCAAGAACGGUCGACUCAAGUUGGCGGAGAACACGAUGAGCACUCUUAUGGGACCAGAGACUGCGGACAUGAGCUUCACAGCAAUGACGCAGGUUACUCCACCACAGAUUGUGUACGCCAAAUUGAAGUACAUGUGGGCAACUGGCGUUCGGGAGCAGACGCUGGAUUGUCUGCGCCAGUUCACGGAUCGUUUAGCGUCGGAUCUCGGUCUUGGAACUGCGGAGGAUGUAGGCAUCGCAAUGACGGGCGCCAACCAGUCAAACGGAAAUGUUGCUGAUUACUCUAGGUUACUUGCCCGCUGCUAUCUCAAGCAGGGAGAAUGGCAGUUUGCUCUUCAAGACGGAUGGACACAUGAUUCCAUCGAGAGUAUUCUGACACCAUAUCUCUAUGCUACCCACUUGGAUAAGGAUUGGUACAAAGCAUGGCAUACCUGGGCCUUAGCGAAUUUUGAAGUGAUCACUUUCUACGAAAAGAACUCACCGCCCAAUCAUGUUGGACGCGAUCCAUGGCUUCAAUAUGUUAUUCCAUCGGUCAAGGGCUUCUUUAAGUCGAUUGCACUCUCGCGUGGAAACUCGCUACAGGACACAUUGCGUCUGCUUACGCUGUGGUUUAAGUUUGGUCAUCGCGCUGAGAUCAGUGCAUCCCUAAGCGACGGGUUUUCGACAGUCAGCAUUGAUACAUGGCUGCAAGUCAUUCCACAAUUAAUCGCGCGUAUCCAUGCACCCAGCCCGAAUGUCCAUCGACUCAUUCACCAGCUCCUGGCCGAUGUCGGAAAGGAGCACCCUCAGGCGCUUGUGUAUUCUUUGACAGUUGCAUCAAAAUCGCCCAGUGUCCUGCGAAAGAAUGCAGCGUUGGCAAUCAUGGAGAAGAUGAGACUUCACAGUCCUUUGUUGGUCGAGCAGGCGCUAUUAGUCAGUCAGGAGCUGAUCCGUGUAGCCAUUCUGUGGCACGAGAUGUGGCACGAAGGUCUGGAGGAGGCAUCUAGGCUUUACUUCGGAGACCGCAACAUCAACGGAAUGUUGGCACAGCUGGAGCCGCUUCAUAUGAUGUUGCAGAGAGGCCCUGAGACGCUGCGCGAGAUCUCGUUCAAUCAGGCAUUCGGUCGAGACUUGAAGGAGGCCCAGGAGUGCUGCAUUCGUUACGGUCAGACCCAGGAUAUCAAUGACCUUAACCAAGCCUGGGAUAUUUACUACCAAGUCUUCCGUCGCAUCGCCAAACAGCUUCCACAGCUCAGUACUCUGGACUUACCCUACGUCUCACCACAGCUGCAGGGUGCUCGAGAUCUGGAGCUCGCUAUUCCGGGCACUUACAAGAGUGGCGAGCCCAUUGUCAAGAUUUCGUCGUUUGUGCCCACACUCACGGUCAUGACGUCGAAGCAACGUCCUCGUCGCCUGACUGUCAAGGGAAGUGACGGACGCGAUUACCAAUAUCUGCUGAAGGGCCACGAGGAUCUGCGUCAGGAUGAGCGCGUGAUGCAGCUUUUCGGACUCGUCAAUACCUUGCUCUCGAUCGACCCCGAAACCUUCAAGCGGUAUCUUGGUAUUCAGCGCUAUCCUGUCAUCCCUCUUUCGCCUAACUCAGGUCUAAUUGGAUGGUUGCCCGACACGGAUACGCUCCAUACCUUGAUCCGCGAUUACCGCGAGAGCCGAAGGAUCCUUUUGAAUAUUGAGCACCGCAUCAUGUUGCAGAUGGCGCCUGAUUAUGACAACUUGACGCUUAUGCAGAAGGUUGAGGUGUUUGAGUAUGCGCUGAACAACACAGGAGGACAGGAUCUAUACAAGGUGUUGUGGUUGAAGAGCAGAAAUUCGGAGGCAUGGUUGGACCGAAGGACGAACUACACGAGGUCCUUGGCGGUGAUGUCUAUGGUUGGAUACAUUCUUGGACUGGGUGACAGACAUCCAUCGAAUUUAAUGCUAGACAGGAACUCUGGCAAAAUUGUGCAUAUUGAUUUCGGCGACUGCUUCGAGGUUGCUAUGCAUCGUGAGAAAUUCCCUGAGCAAAUUCCCUUCCGAUUGACGCGCAUGCUCACGAACGCUAUGGAGGUCAGUGGUAUCGAGGGUAAUUUCAGAAACACCUGCGAGAACGUCAUGCGCGUUCUUCGCGAGAACAAAGAGAGUUUGAUGGCUGUGCUGGAGGCCUUUGUGUAUGACCCCCUGAUCAACUGGAGAAUCUUGACAACUAGUCCCCGACAACCUAUGGAGAAUGGGCAAGGAGGCAACCAAGCGAACGGAGCGAAUGAGUCUGUGAUGGAUGAACAGGCCCGUAACAUGAGAAGGGUGUUGCCAAGUGAGCGUGAGCUCGUCCGUGAUAAUAUGAAGAUGGAGAACCAGCCCGAGCAGUUGAACGAGCGUGCAGUGUCGAUCAUCAACCGUGUCACCAACAAGUUGACAGGAAGGGAUUUCAAGCCAGAUCGACCGCUCGAUGUGCCAUCUCAGGUUGAGAAAUUGAUCCAGCAGGCGUCUUCGUACGAGAACCUGUGUCAAUGCUGGAUUGGAUGGUGCGCUUUCUGGUAG